GCCGGCGGAGCGCGAUGAGGAGCUUGUUUCAGGCGUGCUACCACUACCGACGUCUCGCGUCCUUCCCUCGCGCUGCUGAAGCUGCCUCACCUGCCAAUGGCUAUGAGCCAUGGAGGAGGUAUAUUUCCACAAGCACCAGUAAGGUUCUACCAUGGGAGGCGUCAUCCCGUGAAACGCUGUUGAGGAAGAUAGACAGUGCUAUGAAGGAUGGCAAUGUCGAAGAGGCGCUGCAUUCAUUUGGAAACUACAAGAAGCUGCAUGAUCUUCCUGAACCACAGGUACUGAAUAGCUUGAUCGUGUCGCUGUCCUACAUGUCUAGUCGGAGGUGGCUUCAGAGGGCAUUUGACAUGGUUCUCUCAGUUCAUCAAAUUAACAGCAACCUUCUCAACUGACUCCCUGAUGAAGCUAGCGUUGGCACUUGCAAGAGAUCAGAUGCCUGUUCCAGCCUCCACAGUCCUGAGGAUCAUACUUGAGAGUGGAAAGCUUCCUGAUGUUGAUAUGCUGAGCAUGGUGUUUCUGCAUAUGUUGAAGUCACAGGUUGGAUCCUAUCUUGUCAGUGAUGUUCUGAUUGAGACUUGUGAGAGUUUCUUGGACCAAGUUGCAGAUAGACGGGAAAUGAAAAAACUGGAUUCAAUAAAAAACAGUGCCACCUUGUUCGAUAUGGUUUUGGAGUCAUGUGUGAACUUUAAAUGCAUUAUCAAAGCCCAGAAAAUAAUGGAACUGAUGUCAUUGGUCGGAGUUGUGGCCGAUGUAAAUACAGUGGUGAUCGCUAGCCAUGUCUUCGAGAUGGUUGGGCAACGAGAUGAGUUGAUACAAAUGAAACGAAGUAUUGACUCUUUAACAUCUUUGCCAUUUCUUCAGUACUAUCAGCAUUUUUAUGACAGUCUAUUGAGCCUGCAUUUCAAAUAUAAUGACAUGGAUGCUGCUGCAAAUUUUUUAAUCAAUCUGCAUCAGCAACGAAAACGUAGUGUUUUCUUUUGCAAUGGUUUACCGAAACAAGGUGCCAUACAAAUUGGUUCUGGAAAUCUGAAAACUGGAUAUAGAAUAAUGUUUGAUCCAGGAAAAGUUGACAGAGGUUUCAUUUUAGGUACAGAAAGCCAAUUUGGGCUUGUUGUCCUUACUGACGGAAAUCUUCUUCAUACUCAAAAGGCUCUUGCUAAACUUAUUGUAGGCUGUGUGAAAUCAAGGAAUAUGCAUACACUAUGUAACCUUUUUAUUAUGUUACAUAACAAAGGUAUAGAUGUAAUUUCUCUUCGA